AUUUAAUUUUACAUACAUAAGAUAAUAGAAAAUAGAAUCAUCAGAUAGCUCUGCAUCAUGUUAACGUUAAAAACGCUGGGUCUGCUUUUGCUUGUUAGCUGGUCAAAUGCAUUUGAUGAUACUCCAGCUUGUACGCAAAUUGAAAACUUAUUUCAAACACUUUGUGCCCGAGACGGAGCACAUACAUCAAUCGGAAUCGAAACAUCUCAAGGUUCUCCGGGGAAGAGAGGACCAGUUGGAGAAAAAGGUGAAAUAGGCCGGCCUGGACCUGUCGGGCCUCCAGCUAUUGUGGAUUACGAACGAAUCAAAACUGAAAUAGACGAGAAGAUUGUGCCAGUUAUCAGUCAAUCAGCUGCAAACAACAACGCCCUUACCUUGGUGAUUGAGAAAUUUGAGGAACGAAUAAAAAUUUUAGAAAACAGAGAAGGGGCGUGUGAGAUAAAGUUCGACGGUAAAUGCUACUGGGUAGAGAGUCUUGAUCAUGGUGUGACAGGCUAUGACAGAUGGGAAGCCACAUGUGCAGAACGGAAUGGCUCACCAGCAAAUAUUUAUUCGGAAAAACAUUACAAUGUCAUCAUGCGAUACCUUCGAGCGAAAAUAUUUGCAAAGAGGAGUACGAAUUUCCUAUGGGUGGGAAUGCGAACAAAUCCAGCUACUGGAAUCGUGACACUUUCCGAUGGAAGUCGAGCUCCAUUUAUGAAAUGGUAUCCUGGAUAUCCCUCUAAAUCACCUGCUCAUACACACAUGACAAUUGUUCAAAGAGUUCCAUCAAGUUCUGUCAACAUUGGUAUUCACAACUGUCCACCAACGUCCAGCAGAGAGGGCGUAUUAUGUGAAUUAUAGAGCAAUAAUAAUGAUUCGGAUAAUUUUCUUGACAUGGACUACUUUGUAUUUUUAUCUAAUUCACGAAGCAUUUUUCUUCAAGGCUUUUUUUGAAAUGUCAUAUAAAAUAUAUCCAAGUGUAUAAAUUUAACAAAUCUAUUAUUAACGGUGUAGAAAAACAGCACACAGCAAAUAAUUCAGUUUCGCACAUAACG